CCCUUGCAGGCGGGGCAGUUGCGAGCCCAGCGGUUUCCAGACCCGCCGGGCGGAGGGUCUGGGCCUUGCAGGUUCCGAGUCCUGCGGGGCGGCCCGGCCCGUCCCGGAGCCCGGCGUCCGCCUCCCGCGGCGCCUCGAAGGGGCCCGAGCUGAACCCCGCCUUCCUCCCGGAGCAGAAACCCGACCGGGUCCCCAACGGAAUCCCCGAGCGGACGGCGCCCGUGCGGGCUUCCCGGGCCCCUUAGAUGACCUUCUCGUCCCGCUGACCCCGAGCGUCCGAGCGUCCGUCCGAGCGUCCGUCGACAUGAACCCCGUGGUCGUGGUCCACGGGGGCGGGGCCAGCCACAUCGCCAAGGACCGCAAGGAGAUGGUGCGCCAGGGCGUGCUCCGCGCCGCCACCGCGGGCUACAGCGUCCUGCAGGCGGGGGGCAGCGCGGUGGACGCGGUGGAGAGCGCGGUGGCCGUGCUGGAGGACGACCCCGAGUUCAACGCAGGUUGUGGAUCCGUCUUGAAUGUAAACGGGGACGUGGAAAUGGAUGCCAGUAUCAUGAACGGAAAAGACCUGUCUUCGGGCGCCGUGUCUGCCGUCCGAUGUAUCGCGAACCCCAUCAAGCUGGCGCGGCUUGUGAUGGAGAAGACGCCUCACUGCUUCCUGACGGACCGGGGUGCCGCAGAAUUUGCCGCCGCCAUGGGGAUCCGAGCGGUUCCCCGGGAGCAGCUGGUCACAGAGAGGAACAGGAAACGCCUCGAGAAAGAGAAGCGCGGGAAAGACGCUCAGAAACCGGAACCCCAAAAAAACCUGGGCACCGUGGGUGCUGUCGCCCUGGACUCCAAAGGAGACGUGGCCUAUGCCACCUCGACGGGGGGCAUCGUGAACAAAAUGGUCGGCCGCGUCGGGGACACGCCCUGUAUAGGUCGAACCCAUCUUUUCCUCGGAGCAGGAUGCGGGGGCUACGCGGACAAUGACAUCGGGGCCAUUUCAACCACGGGGCACGGGGAGAGCAUCCUGAAGGUGAAUCUGGCCAGGCUCACUCUCUUCCACGUGGAGCAAGGAAAGACCUUGGAGGAGGCCGCUGAGGUGUCACUGGGUUACAUGAAGUCAAAGCUCAAGGGACUAGGGGGGGUCAUCUUGGUCAACAAAGCGGGAGACUGGGCGGUCAAGUGGACCUCGGAGUCCAUGCCCUGGGCGGCCGCCCAGGCCGGCAAGCUGCACUUCGGCAUUGACCUCAACACGACCAGUAUCACCGACUUGAUCUGAGCCCGCUCCCCUCCCCCCCAGCCCGGCCCGCCCCCCAAGACUGUAUUCCAGGUGCCAGCCUGCAGGUAAAGUACAGUUUCCUGGCGUGGAGACUUAGCUUAAGCAAUUAGAGCUAAAAAAUGGGAAAACUCU